GUAUGAACCGAUCUGACAGUGACGAGGACUCGUACAACGAGAGGACAGCGCUGGUGUCAUCAGAGAAUCCUCCACUGCCGUUCUACAGACCAGAUCAUGACUCCACUCCUUCGGAUUAUUCGCCAACCAGAAGGACAAAGGUGUCACAUUCUGUUGGUGCAGCCCGGGGCGAGCAGGACGGUACAGGUGCAGUGACUGAUGGCGAAACGAGCCAAACUCCAGAGUUGGAGCCAGAUGAUGAAGAACUGACACUUAAAUAUGGUGCCAAACACGUAAUCAUGCUGUUUGUUCCGGUCACACUCUGCAUGGUGGUGGUGGUCACCACCAUCAAGUCCAUCAGUUUCUACACUGAGAAGACUGACCAGCAGCUAAUCUACACACCGUUCACAGAAAACACAACAUCCGUGGGCCGUCGCCUCCUCAACUCUGUUCUCAACACCAUCAUUAUGAUCAGUGUCAUUGUUGUCAUGACCAUCUUCCUGGUCUUACUCUACAAGUAUCGCUGCUACAAGUUCAUCCAUGGGUGGCUCAUUUUAUCAUCCCUCAUGCUCCUCUUCUGGUUCAGCUUCAUGUACCUCAGGGAAGUUUUUAAGACCUACAACGUUGCAAUGGACUACCCAACUGUGGCUCUGCUCAUCUGGAACUUUGGGGCAGUGGGCAUGAUCAGUAUUCACUGGAAGGGACCCCUGCCCCUGCAGCAGGCCUACCUUAUCCUGGUCAGUGCCCUCAUGGCACUUGUCUUCAUCAAAUACCUGCCAGAGUGGUCAGCCUGGGUCAUUCUGGGAGCCAUUUCCAUCUAUGACCUGGUGGCUGUCCUAUGUCCAAAAGGUCCACUAAGGAUGUUAGUGGAGACGGCGCAGGAACGCAACGAGCCAAUCUUUCCUGCACUCAUUUAUUCUUCUGCCAUGAUGUGGACGGUCGGGAUGGCGAGUCCAGGAGAGGCUCAACACUCCCCACAUGAAUCAGACGAGGAGGCGGAGCAAAGUGUCAGGAGGGAGGAGCCUGAAAGCAGACAACCAAUGGGAGUUUCAGAAGAAGAGGAAGACAGGGGAGUGAAGCUCGGACUCGGAGAUUUUAUCUUCUACAGUGUUUUGGUUGGAAAAGCUGCAGCCACUGGUGGAGACUGGAACACAACGCUUGCCUGUUUCAUUGCCAUCCUUAUCGGCCUGUGUCUCACUUUACUGCUAUUGGCCAUCUUUAAAAAGGCAUUGCCUGCGUUGCCCAUUUCCAUCACCUUCGGCCUCAUCUUCUACUUUUCAACUGACUUCCUGGUUCAACCAUUCAUGGACAACCUGGCCGCACACCAGUUCUACAUCUGACCCAGAGCCCCGGCUUACCUCGCCUCAUUCAGGAAGUGUUUUAAGAGGUUGAGGGAGCUUUGAGCGGCUCACCUGCCGAGUGACAAUUUUAAUUUCUGCUGCUCAAAAAAUUUUAUUAAAUGCAGUUUUUGUACAAAAGAAAACAAUAUUUGUAAAUUUUCUAUUUCAGUGGAGGGAGGCAGGAUUACAAGUCCAACACCAUUUCCAGGAAAAGUUAACACGUUACAAAAAUGACUAUAGUUUAUAACCCAGUAAUGUACUUCAACCGUAUCAGGCAGAAAGAUGAGGAAAAGAGUUGUGUUUUCACAAACAAACUCAAUUUUAUUUGUUGCUCAAAAAGACAUUUAGAAGUUAACUGUGCCAAACUUUUUUUAAAGACUUUAAUAUAUUACCAGUCCAUUGGUCAACAUUGUCAGAUUGCCAUCUUUAAGUCGUUCAAGACUUUCAAAGAGAGAGAUUCCAGUUGUAAUGUUCUGAACAAAGUCCGGCAUUGUCCUGCUGAGAAAUUAAUUCCCAUCUGACCUCAAAACUCAUCUGUUUAUACUUUGGUUGUUUUUGCCUAAAAUCAGGGCAUGGUUACCUCUGUGUAUAAGGCAGUACUGGGCUGAAUUAUACUGUGCUGUUCAUUGCUAUAAACAAGCGUGCAGCAUGCUGUUGUGUAAUGCCUUCACUGUGAAGGUGAGGCGUUUUCAGCAGUGGUCCACCCAACAAAGGUUUCUCUCAUUUGCCUUAAGCUCUUCACAAAAUAUAUUGCGACAUUCCUGAAUCUGGACAAUUUUCCAAUGUAAUUCAGUACAAAAUACAGAGCCACACCUCAUAUUUGCUAAUACAGACGGAGCUGUUGGUGGAUGUUUUCUUUUCUACACACUGUAAUGUGAUGCCAGUUAACCUACAAGUACAAGAUCCUCCCAGGAUGUUACUUUGAAAAGACUUCUUUCACUCUUGUUUUGCACCAGUCCACACUUCACAGGAGUGUGUUGCAGACAUCAGCUGUUAAACAGAUUCAAGCUGAGCAUAAAUACACACGCUUUUUAUUGUCCUUCUGCCUGUUCAAUAAAGGUUAAAAGGAAUAAACACAAUCUUAUUAUUUACUUUUUAGGAUGUACUGGAAAUGGGUUUGGAAAAUGAAUGACAAAACUAGCUCCAUUAGCUCAAAAUGAUUAAAUAACGUCCACGUAGAUGUAUGAAAGAGAUCGUCAAGGUUUACUUUUUAGGUGUGGUUUUAGGAGGUAUGAUCUGCAGUCUGGCCGCUCCCUGCUGUUGCUCAGUGUCAAACACAACCACAUUUUGUGUGAUGAUCUUUGUGAUGUUUUGCUUAAGGGCAUUUUACGUACAAACCUAAUUGUAGUUUAUUUAUAGCUGUAGUUUGCAGCCAGGUGCUGAAUGGGACCAGGGUUUUAGAUGUUAAACAGUUUCACAAUAAAACAAGUGUUUUAAGUAAUGUAAUAAAAUGUAUAAACUUA